UGGAAAAUGUCGAAGGCGCGCGUCGCUCGCGUUUCAUGAGCUCUUCUGUGCGAUCAAGUUUCCCAGGGAAAAUUGCAACAAGUGCGAUCCCCGAGUGCGGUUUUUAGUGGCGAUCGCUUCGCACUCCAAAAACGCAGGCAGUGCUACAAAGUGAGCUUUUUGUUUUUAUUUCGCAAUUUCCGUGCUUCGCACUUGGCGAAUUUCGUGUUUCGCGAUCCGCUCUCUUCGACGCCGACUGCGCAGCCGCCGCGACGCGAAAUGUGCAACAACAACAACAAGUGAAACAACAGCAAAAUACCAUACGACAAAAGUUAACAAAAAUUUAAUUGUUGCCUUAAUUUAAUUAGCAAGCUAUAAGAGUGUAGUGCUACAAAACAAAAAAAACGCGAGGAACGCGAUUGCAUUGCCCUCCGGGCUUAAAUUGGAUUAAAUCAGGCGGCUAACAAAAAAAAGAUAGUCAAAGCCUCCUCCACACACAAAGCGAAGACAAAAACGACGUCACACUGGAGUCACAACACGGUAAACGGUCCCAGAACUAAGAAGAAGAAGACGACCCUUCCCUCCCCCAAUACAACCUGUACAGUAUGUCACAUGAUAAGAAGAUGUUGGAUCGCGAGGCAGUUCGUUCAGUGAUACAGCAAUGGAAUGCCAAUCGAUUGGAUCUCUUUGCGCUCUCCGAGCCAGACGAGAACCUGCUCUUCCAUGGCGUUAUGCGCUUUUACUUCCAAGAUGCUGGCCAGAAAGUGGCCACGAAAUGUAUUAGAGUGGCGUCCGAUGCCACUGUCACAGAUGUCAUAGACACACUAAUCGAGAAAUUCCGUCCCGAUAUGCGGAUGUUAUCCGUGCCGAAUUACGCCCUGUACGAGGUGCAUGCCAAUGGCGAGGAGCGUCGUCUGAAUGCCGACGAAAAACCGCUGCUGGUGCAGCUCAACUGGCACAUCGACGAUCGUGAAGGUCGAUUCCUGCUGAAGAACAUUGAUCAGAAGACCACCCCCAUCGAGCAAACAGAUCUAAACUUCAAGCGCAAGCUCUCCAAGCGCGAGAAGAAAGAGCAGAAGAAGAAGGAGAAGAUGGCCAAGCUAAGCUCCGACCCACCCACCUCCAAUGGCAGCCAGUUGGGUCUGGGCAAUGGCAUAAGUGGAUCCGCAGGGUCAGCCCACAUGAACGGCAAUGUCGGCGGUGGUGGAGGCGAUGGCAGCGAUGCCGUAGCUGGCAAACUAUACACGGAACUGCCGGAAACCUCGUUCACACGAUCGAUCUCAAACCCGGAGGCCGUGAUGCGACGGCGUCGACAGCAGAAGCUGGAAAAGAAGCUGCAGCAAUUCCGUUCCAGAGAUGGCGGUCCUGACACGGGCGGUACACUGAAGAUCUACGGCGAAAGUCUCUGCCAGGAUGUGCCCUAUAAGACACUGCUCCUCUCCAUCCGGGAUUGCGCCCAGGCUGUUGUGCGGGAAAUGCUCACCAAAUAUGGACUGGAGAAGGCCGAUCCCCUGCACUAUUGCCUGGUUCAGGUCAACAGCGAUGGAACGGAAUACAUACUCGAUGACGACGAGUGCCCGCUAUCGAUACUCAUGAAUCACCCAACGUCGCGAGGCUCCAUCAUGUUCCAUGUGCGACGCCGGCCGGCGGACUCACAGCCGCGAAGACGCAAGAAAAAACCGCUGGGGGCUUCGAAUGGGGCCAACCACAUGUCCGGCGAUCGCGAGGGUCCCGUCCUGGUGGAGGUGACGCACAGCGGCGAUGGCGGUCGGCGGAUCAAGCUGGGCAGCGACCCCGUGGAAGUGGGGUCGGCGAACACCAAUUUGCAGCUGUUCGGACCCUCGAUCCAGCCGAGGCACUGCCUCAUCUCGCUGCUGGAAGGCGUCUGCACGGUGACCCCGCUGCACACGGAUGCCCUGACCUUUGUCAAUGGCCACCACAUCAGCCAGCCGACAAUUUUGCAUAACGGUUCCGUCGUAAUGUUUGGACGCGUGGCCUCGUACCGCUUCCUGGACUCGCCCACGGACGGACGCUAUAACCUGGCCCUGUCGCAGUCCCAACUGGACUCUGCCUGCCUCUACGAAAGUCGCUCACCCACAUCCCCCGGAUCCUGGAACGACGAGGAUGGAGCCUUGAGUUCGACCCACAAGAGCGACUAUGACCAUCACCAUCAGCAGUCGAAUCAAUCGACAAGUGCGUACCACAACAAUAAUAACAACUCCAGUGACCAUCCGCUGAGCAGCACGCUGAGAGACGUUGUGGACAGCAAAGCUGGGCAGGAUCAGGCGAUCAUCGGGAAUUAUGACGGCCAGAGUCUGGAGGGUAAUCUGGAGAACGAAACCAAGUCCAUUUCCAGCUUGAAGUCAGGUGGUUCCAACAGUCAAGAUCGGUCCCCGAAAAUGCCGGGCUCUGGCCUCAUGGCGGGAGGUGGCAGCGGUUCCGGUGAUGCCCAAGGACAGGAACCCAUUCUACCGGCCGUCCUCGAGUUCCCCGAAACGCAUCAGGAACUCUUUCUGCGUCACAUUAUCAGUGAGCUAGAUGUGAAUGUUCCGCACUUUAAGCUGGCACCCGUCUACUCGCUUUACCUGUGUGCCAGAUAUCGAGCCUCCACCCACUACCGCCCGGAGUUGCAGCCCACGGAGCGUGCCCACAAGCUGACCAUGUUCCUGCACCAUGUGGCCAAUCUGGUUUACAGCGUCGUCCAGGAUCAGUACACGGAUCCGCGAAUUCUGGCCUUUUGGAUGGCCAACAGCUCGGAGUUCCUGCACUUCCUCAAGUCGGAUCGCCACAUCAGCGCGUUCAGUGUCCAGGCGCAGGAGGUUUUGGCCGAGGCCGUGCAGACGGCGUUCCGCAAUCUGGUCAACUGCUUCCGGCUGGAGCUCUCACAGACCCUCAAUCAGUUUCUCUCCGAGAACAUUGAUCACGACUCGGCGGCGGGUCUGGUGCUGACCGUCUUGGGUUCUGCAAUGGCAUUGCUAAGACGUUGCCGCGUGAAUGCUGCUCUAACGAUCCAGUUGUUCUCGCAACUGUUCCACUACAUCAAUGUCAUAUGUUUCAAUACGAUUGUGGCCAACUCUCACAUGUGCACGGGCGAUUGGGGCAAGGUUAUGACGGAGCGACUGCAGCUGCUUGAGCUGUGGGCGGAGCGGCAGGGACUGGAAUUGGCCGCUGACUGCCAUCUGGCAAAGAUCAAUCAGUGCGCCCAGUUUCUGCAGGCUCCGAAGUCCUCCGUGGAGGAAAUCCAACAACUGGCCUGCUCCUGCUUCCGCUUGAACUCUCUGCAAAUGGCCGCGUUGCUGCAGCAAGAGAAGCUCCCACGAAAUCUGGUCGACACGGCCAUCCGAAUGGCCGAAUCGGUGGCGGACGAGCUAACCCGCGCCGAUGGACGGGAGGUGCGAUUGGAAGAGUCGCCGGAGCUGCACUUGGCGCUCUUGCUGCCCGACGAUGGAUUCAGCUGCGAUGUGGUGCGCGGUAUACCAACGGGCCUCGUCGACUUCCUCAAUCCGCUUCAGCAGCAGGGCAUGUGCCGGCUGGCGGCGCAGCCCACGUCAAUUGGUCUCUGGACGGUCUAUAUGCAUCAGUUCAAUGCCCGCAGUUCCAGUGCAAUGUCUAACUCUAAGCUCCCGCAGCCCGAGCUGCAGCUCAUUAAGCUGCACAAGAACAGCAACGGCAUGGGCCUGUCCAUAGUGGCUGCCAAGGGUGCCGGCCAGGAGAAACUGGGAAUCUACAUCAAGAGCGUUGUGCCGGGUGGAGCCGCGGAUGCCGAUGGUCGUCUGCAAGCCGGUGAUCAGUUGCUGCGCGUCGAUGGUCAGAGUCUUAUAGGCAUCACCCAAGAGAGGGCUGCCGAUUACCUGGUGCGAACGGGUCCGGUGGUCAGCCUGGAAGUGGCCAAGCAAGGUGCCAUCUACCAUGGAUUAGCAACGCUGCUGCAGCAGCCCAGCCCCGUCAUCCAGCGUGGUAAUCGACGUAUGUCCGAACGCGAUCUGACGCGCAUGGGCGGCGCCGAGUCGACCAAGUCUCUGGGUCCACUAAUGGCCACCGGCCAUCAUCCGAAUCACAGUCUCAGUCUUAGCCAACAUCUGAACAACAGCCACAACAGCAACACUCUCGGCAACACCAAUAGUAGUAGCAUCAUCAAUCCGUUAGCUGCACACCUGCCCAACAGCAAGUCGGUGCCGGCAUUGCAUCACCACACGGGAUCGGGUACCAUAUCCCUGGCCAAUUCCAAGUCACGCAGCACGCACAGUUUGCAUAACAAUACAUCGGGCAUCAUGGGCGGCGGAGGAGUGGCCGGAGGAGCUGGCGGAAUGCUGCUGGGUCAGCCACCAAAUGGCAACCACAACAAUGCGAAUGGAAAUGGAAAUGGCAAUGCCAACGAGCAGGGAUUCUAUCAGAAUCUCAGCGUGUACCGGGCGCAAAAUCAAAGCCAGCCGAUUCUGAACGAGAGAUCGCCAAUGACCACACAUGUCGCCAUGAGCAGCGCGUACAAUGGAAAUUCCCCGCUUGCGCCGCAGCAGCAACCACAGCAGCAACCAUCACCCUACCUGCAGGCCAACGCUAACCUGCCACCCACUCGACCCGUCUCGGCCUAUUAUCACAGUCAACAAUCCGCGCAGCAGCAACUUCAGCAACAGCAACUGCAGCAGCAACAGCAGCAGCACUCCCUUCAGCAGCAACAGUUUGCCCACAGCAGCAGCAACCUUAAUGGCCAGCAGCAGCAGCACCAGCUCACCCUUAACAAUCGCACCAAGAGCCAGCAGAAUUUCCAGCAUACCCUGCGCAUGCAGCAGAUGAUGGCGCCAUCGAUGCCCAACAUCAGCAACAUGUACCAGCAGCAGCAGCAACACCAACAGCAGCAGCAACAGCAACAGCAACAACUCCCCCUGCACCAACAGCAGCAGCAGCAUCAACCUGCAAUGAGCAGCAGCCAGAGUAUGCAGAACGUCAACGAUUUCACGGGUGGAAGCUAUCAGAACGGAGGAUUGGAGUACCGACGCAGCCAGCUGCACGACCCAGCCACGCUUUACGAACUCCAGCAGCAGCAGCAGCUAUUGCAACAGCAGCAGCAGCAACCGUCGCCCAACUUUAUAGCACUGCCUCCGAAGCCCUUGGGCAGCCUUCUGCAGUCGCCCAAUAAACCAAAUGCUCCGCCAAGUACAGCGCCAAAGCCACAGCAACAGCAACAGCAGCGUUUCCUUGGACAAUCCCAGCUCGCGGAGGAUAAGCCACCGCUGCCGCCUACCGCCACUCAUCCGCUGUUCAAGGCCACACAACAGAUAGCUCCAGGAAUGAAUUACGUGGCCAGCACUCUGGAUCCACCGAAGGGCAGCUAUGUGCCGCCCACUAGCCAGGCAAACAGCCGUCCACAACUUCACAGCGGCAGCAAUCCCUGGGAGAGGGAGGAACGGGAGAAGGAUCUGGAGAUGCGGCGGGAGCACAUACGCCAGUGGCGAGAGCAGCAGAUAUCCGAGCUUUCCCAGAUCAUCUCACGGUCGCCCAUGCAAGAGGAGCAGCUAAAGACCCUGAUCCUUGAGCGGGACUUCGAGCGAAGAGCACAAGAACUGCAAGAGCAAGAGGAACAGGACCAGGAGCAGCAAUACGACAAGGAGAACGUGGUGCAGGAGCUGUUCCGGCUGACUGGCAACGGUAGCGGUCAGGUCAGUGCCAUACAAACGCCCAUCACCAGCUACAGGCAGACGGAGAUCAAGAUGGCGGAGAUAACAGACAGCAGCAGCAGUCCACUGGAGUCAGUCCCAGCGCCAGCAGCUCCGGCACAGCAAGUGGCUAGUAGUGGUACCCAGCAACAGCCGAAGAGCAUACUCAAGCACAACCGCUACUCGGAGGGUGGAGCGGGAGGCGUGGGAGGAGCACCGUCGUCGCCCUCAAAGUCCCAGAAGUCUGCUAGCUUUGCGGACGAGCGACACCUGCAGACAGAGCACCCGAUAUCCAACCUGGCCAAGGAGCUCAACCAACUGACUAUGCUCGACAAGGAUAACAACAAUGAGGCCCAAGAUGCUGCUGCAGUUCCGCCACCACCGCCUCCAGAGAGGAACAGCUCCUACCUGAUCAUGUCCCAGCAGAAGCUGCGAGGAAGUACUGGAAAUCCCACUUCUACCUCGUCCAUGGGUCUGCUCAAAACUGCCACAAGCAAUCAACAGGCAGCCGCUGUCGGUGAGAUCAAGAAGGCCUCCCUCCUCCUGAACACCCAGCCCAGCAAUAACAACAACAAUCUGAGUGGCAGUCUUAACAAUAACACGAUGCAGCAGGCGUCACCUCUGAGCGCCAUGGAACUGAAUGCCGCCUAUGUUUCGGCCACAGGAACCGGGAUGAUUAUGGGUGGACUGGGCACGCCACCUGCGCCGCCACCGCCCCUGUUGCAGCAGCAAAGGGACAACAAGCGGGUGAGCUUCAACGACGAGGAGAACAAUGUGGUGAGCGUGCAGCAGCAAUACAUCAUGGACCAAUACCUUGAGCAUCAUCCGGAGUUUGAUAAAAUUGAAGAAGAUGGGAGUUAUCUGCAGCAAAAUAACCUGGAUGCCUCCAUGCUCCCCUCCAUGCCAGCCACGCCAGAUGCCGCUCUUUGGAACACUUCAGUGCAAUCGACGCCCGGCGUUAUUGGAGCGCAAGAGGUGUACAGAGAUCCGCGCCAGCGUCGCCUGGCAGAGAAGCAACAGCAGCAGCAACAACAGCGUGCUGGUGAUGCGGUGCCCGAGAAGCUGUCCUUCAAGGAGAAGAUGAAGAUGUUUGCUCUGGAGUCGGGCGAGGAUAAUACUCCCAAGGAUAAGCUGAAGAUUUCAAGGGCCCAGCGAGACAUAGAUGCGGUGCACUGAGAAUGAAACCGGAGAGAAAUCGUUGCUAUAUGCUAUAUGUACAUACACAAAGCUUAAACUUCAAUAUAUUGGGGCCAAGUUGUUACGUUAGUAGCUCUACAAAACACACACUUUUACACAUAUAGAUAUCGAGUUAUAUACUUACCAAACGAUGGUAGAAACAAACACAAACCUAACGAAUUUGCUUAGCAAGGCAACCACAAUCCAUAGUUAUCGCGUUUCAGAGUUAAUUACCACACACAAAACAAAAUGUUAACUGAAUUCAAUUAGUGAGAAUUAUCGGUGUUUAUCAUUAUAGUCUAUAUAAAGCGAUGUUUAUAUUUAUACAAAACCAUAUAUCGAGCCUACACAAUGGCAACGAAAGCGGAGCGAGACGAUCCGCAUUUGUAAAGCGUUUUAAACAUUAACAUUACACACUAAUCCUACGAUAAACAGUUUGUUACGUCAUAUUAUUGAAUACAGAAUUAAUGGUUAGACAGUGUAAAUGAGCGAAGUUAGUUUAGAUAUACAAACAUAUAUAUUUACCUGGGAACCGUGCGGAACAAGGAACGUAUAUGUACCAAUAUGCUGUAUCCACUAGAAAACUUGUAAGCCACAAACAACAAUGUUAAAACCAAUGGUCCAAUUAUUCAAUUAUUAAAGCUAGACAUAUAUUUACAAACCCACGAACGAACGAAAAACUAAAUAUUUAAAAAGUCUUACAUAUAUAUUUUUAAUUGAUGCAAACCUUUUUUGAACAUAUUUAGAAUGCAGACAUGAACAACUAAAUUUCGUUAAAUUAAUAAGAUGCGUAGCAGCAGAAACCAAUUUUGAAUCAAAUUGGAUUUCAACUACAAGAGAACCUUAUGGCUUUAAAGUAACUAAAGUAACAUAGACACGCUCACCCAUUUAUUGGAUGUCGUGUACUUAUAAAAACUCUUUGUUAUAGCAUAAAAUUUAUUCGAAAACCGACCAUAAAUUAGCAGAAAAUUAUUUUUGUGCAUUCCAAGUAUUUCAAAUAUAGAACCAAGCUAAAAAUAUUAUAUAUACAUAUAUAUCAAAUCGAAACAAAAUUGUA